AUGGGAGACGGCGGCGGCGCCCCACCUCAGAUGGAGGGAAACGCCCUCCUGAAGGCCGUCUUCCAGGGGAAGCUGAGGCUGAGCCGUCUGUUGCUGGAGGGCGGCGCCUACAUCAACGAGGGAGACCAGCUGGGUCGCACGCCGCUGGCGGCCGCCUGCCUCGCCGACUACGAGGACCCAGGAACGCGCGUGCGCAUGCUGCGCUACCUGCUGGAGAGGGGCGCCGACGCCAACAUCCCGGACAAGGGCGGGCGGACGGCGCUGAUGCACGCCUGCGCCCGGCGAGCCGGCGAGGAGGCCGUGGCCGUCUUGCUGGCCGGCGGCGCCGACCCCAGCCUCAAAGACCACUCGGGCCGCUCCGCCCUCACCAGGGCCCUGGACGGGGGCCAGCGGGACACCCUGCGGGUCCUUCUGGAGGCCUGCAGGGCCAAAGGCAAGGAGGUCAUCAUCAUCACCAGCGACACGUCUCCUUCCGGCACCAAAAAGACCAGGCAGUACCUCAACUCGCCCCCGUCCCCGGGCGGGGCCGACGCCGAGCCCCGCGCCUGCAUGUCCCCGUCGGACGUGGAGAUCGCGACCUCGUCUCCGUCCGGAGAAGGAGUCUUCAGUUUCUCCGCGCCGCCUCGGUCCGACGCCCGCCCGCAGGGGGAGAGGAGGGCGGCGGCGCCUCCGCGCAAGUUGCUCAAGAGACUCAACUCCGAGCCCUGGGGCCUGGCGGCGCCCUCGGCCUGCGGCGCGCUUCCCACGGAGAGCGUGGCCCGUCUGAGUCAACGGAUGGACGCCGCGUUUAUCGGCGAGCCCGCCCGACCUCCGACGGCGCGGCGACACAGCAUCGAGACCCACGAGCCCAAAGCGGCGGAGCGCUUCGGUGCCGAGUUCCGCGCCCCCUCCGGCCGGGCGGACGAGGUUCAACGUCGCCCCGUCCCGUAUUUGUGGAGCGUCGAGCGCGGCGAGAUCUCUGCCGGUCCGGAGCCGAGCGGGAGCGAGCGCCGUCGGGUCCCGGGAUCCGUCCCCGGAUCUCCCGAGAAGCGGCGGAGGUACGACGGCAACGACCCGAGCGGGCGGCGGCCCGGUAUCCCGGAGCGGCGCGGCUCCGGGACCUUCCCGCUGGAGCGCCUUUCCCACGGCAGGCUCCCUUGCGGUUUCCUGCCGCCUCUCAACGUCAAACUCCAUAGAGGAGCCGCAGACGUCGGCGAGCCCCCCUCACCGACGCGCGGCGCUCACAAGAUCCGGGUCCCCGUGGCCCCCGCCUCGCCCAAACGCGGGUCCGACUUGAAAUGCAAAAAGAAACUGAUGAGAAGACACUCCAUGCAGACGGAGCAGAUGAAGCAGCUGUCCGCCUUCCAAGAGAAGGCGGUCGAGUCUUACGGCGACUGA